GUCUCUCUCGUCGCUCACAUUUCGCCCAAAACCCAAUACAAUCUGCGUGAGGCACUUUUUCCCGCACAUUUUUCCUGCGAUUCGAUGCCUCCGAAAGCCGACAGAGUCGAAGAGCUCAACCAACUGUUAGCCGUCACCAGAGAAAAGAUAGAGGUAGCAGAGAAGGGGAAUGUUGUAAUCAAGAAAAAUGCAGACGGAGAAUACAGAGAUGAUGAUGAUGAUGAUGUGAAUAAGGAGACAGGCCCUUGGCCUACUCGUACGGGGAUUGAGACCGCAACGUUUGCUGUUAUGAUUUAUGAAAGAUUUCAUCAUAUCAUUUUGAUCAGAAGUCAAUUCAGACUUCCAAAUCCAAGCUUCAAGCAGCAUCUUCUGUUCUUCAUCAACAAUAAUGGGUACUCCCUGUGAUUUUUUUUAUUAUUUUUAAUGUAAAGUUAUGGUUAUCUCCUUCAUUUCAUUAAUAGUAUAAAUUAAUGAUUCAUUUAUCAUUAGAUUUUGAGCAAUUUUUCUUAAUCUUGUUUCUGGUCAUUGUUUGUUUGUUUCCCUUAAGCAAAUUUGGGAGACAAUUCUUCUUCUGAAUUCAGACAUUCUUCUUUGCUACCAUUUACACACUUUCUGAGGAACUAAUUUCAUCUACAUUGCAGCAUAACCAUAGAUGUUUUUAUAAUUUUAUCCAUGCAUUUAGGCGGUAGGUGUAAAUUGCUUCUUUUCAAGCCCUUUUAGCAAUUAAUGAAUAUUAUGUGAUUAAUCUGUUAUAUCUAUUAAUGAAUAUUGAACUUGAAC